AUGCUGAUGGAAUGGACUCAGCUGCGCCCCGACCGACCGUUGUCUAAGCAGCACCUCAUGGACCAGCUAAGGUUUGUGAAAAGAACAAAAAAGAUUACCGACAUCGAAUUUGAUGAGAUAAAGGCUCGGCUCGGAAGGGACGGAUUGCUCGUGACGGCUGGCACUGACAACGCUGUGCCUGCGGAGCUGCCGGAGGCGAAUGCUUUGGGUGAGUUUGGUGCGUCGAUCCUGGUGCCUGGUUCGUGUGACGGCAUGGUGACUAGCCCAGACGUUGCUGAGGCCACCCACAGUGAGUUGCUGGACGCUUCUGUUGAUGGUUUGCGUGGAGCUAGUCCUGACACCUCAGUUACAUCAGGUGGUUCGGGUGAUGGCACUGGCGCAGCAAUGCAAACUGGCACCAACGCUAGUGACACCCUGGGUGCGUUCGAGCCAGAUAGUACACCACUCUACGCCAAACUUGUUGCAAUCUACGAACAGUGCGGUGCAACUACUCCAGAGUCCAGGUCGAGCCUACCUGUACCUAGGCACGUGGCCAGGAAGUCUCUGGCCUCUGCCACUGCCCGUGUGAACAAGAUACUCCCUAGACUCCUGGAGUGUGACCGUGAGGUGCGAAAUGACACCACCUCGCUUGGCCAGAUCAGUGACAUGGUCUAUGCUGGGGCCAAGCUUGUACUCUCACUGCUGGAUAUCAAUACAGAUGGUACCCCUGACACAACUAGAGGAGAACGCUCCUUGCCUGCCUGGCGACAACGCCUUGAAAAACGUGUUUGUGCACUGAGGGCUGACGUCUCCCGGCUGACCAGCUUCCUGCGUGAUGGAUCCCUCUCUGACACCAACAUCAAGCAGCACAGGAUCCACCGGCAAUAUAAAGUCCAGACUUUGGAUCAGGCCCGCCAGCUACUGGAGCAUACGAAAAUGCAGCUAGAAGCAACAGCCGCACGGAUCCGGCGCUAUAAGCUAGAGGCAACACGCAGGUCGGAGAAUCGUGUUUUCGUCACGAAUGAGCGUCAGUUCUACCGCAAUAUGACCAAGUCUACGGAAAUGCCUGGGCAGCGACCAGGCUGCUGCGCAUCCAUCGGCUGA